AUGGCAGACCAAAAGUACACCGCCGAGCAGCGCGACUAUGUGCCAGCAUCGCCCAGCAUGACCGUGGGCCGCUACAUGGCAACCCGCAUCCCCACGCUCAAGCCUGCCCGUGACAAGGUCGCCAACCCCAUUACCCUCCUCCGCAUGCUCAAUCUGCAGCAGUGGCUCUUCUUCCUCGUCGCCUUCUUCGCCUGGACCUGGGAUGCCUUUGACUUCUUCACCGUCUCCCUCACCAUUGACAACCUUGCCAAGACGUUUGGCAAGACCAAAGCAGACAUCACGUGGGGCAUCACGCUAGUCCUGAUGCUGAGAAGCGUGGGCAGUAUCAUCUUUGGCCUGGCUGCCGACCGCUACGGGAGGAAGUGGCCCUUUAUCAUCAACAAUCUCCUCUUCAUCGUCCUCGAGCUCGGCACUGGCUUCUGCUCCACCUACAAUGAGUUUCUGGGCGUGAGGGCCUUGUUCGGCAUUGCCAUGGGUGGCUUGUAUGGCAACGCUGCUGCAACAGCCCUGGAAGACUGUCCCGAAGAGGCCCGCGGAAUCAUGUCGGGCAUUCUGCAGCAAGGCUAUGCGUUCGGCUAUCUCCUUGCCACCGUCUUUGCACGUGCCUUUGUGGAUACGGUUGGCCACGGAUGGCGUCCUCUCUUCUGGUUCGGAGCAGGGCCUCCGCUCCUUAUCAUCCUGUUCCGCCUCUGCCUGCCCGAGACCAACACAUAUCUCGAACGCCAGCGCAUCCGCGAAGAACAGCCCAACGCAGCCAAGGCAUUUGUCCAAGAGGGCAAGGUCGCCUUGAAGCGCCACUGGCUGCUGCUCGUGUACCUCGUCCUGCUCAUGGCCGGCUUCAACUUCAUGUCACACGGCAGCCAGGAUCUGUACCCGACCAUGCUAAAGAGCCAAUACAACUUCUCGGCCAACCAGGUUACCGUCACCCAGGUCGUGGCAAACCUGGGCGCCAUGGCUGGCGGCACAAUCGUCGGAUACUCUUCUUCCAUUUUUGGGCGUCGCAUCAGCAUCAUCGUCAUGUGUGUCGUUGGCGGUGCAUUGCUCUACCCAUAUACCUUUACCUCCAGCGAGGCUGUCAUAGCAGCUGCCUUUUUCGAGCAGUUUUGCGUCCAGGGCGCUUGGGGCGUUAUUCCCAUUCACCUCAUGGAACUCUCGCCCGGAUCGUUUCGGACCUUUGUCGUCGGAACUAGUUACCAGCUCGGCAACCUCGCUUCCUCGGCUUCAUCUACCAUUGAGGCGACCAUUGGCGAGAGGUUCCCCCUGCCACCAAAGGGCGGCUCCUCACGGUACAAGUAUGGCUUGGUCAUUUGUAUCUUUAUGGGCUGUGUGUAUGCCUAUGUCAUCUUGCUUACCGCACUGGGACCCGAGUAUAGGGGCAGGAAUUUUGAUGUUGCUGUUGACGAGGACAUGGCGGUCGCCACUGGCACAGAAGGCAAAUAUGAAACGCAAAAGCAAUUCGAGGAUAUCGAGGCGCGGCAGCGCUAGUGAAAUGGUGCUUCGGCUGUCCUGCGGCUUCAGGUCGCUUCACAGGAAUGCAUCGUUGUCCAGCCUCAAGACCGUUGCAGGUAUCCCUCCACUUGAACGACAAUGUAGAAUUGG